AUGAGAGAGGCAACGGGAUUAUUUGUCAACGUGUGUGGCAGUACUCAAUGUUUCUGUGCGUCGCUUGAAAGCGAAAGGAUGUUACGUACAGUUAUUCAAGCAACAUGCAGUGGUACUAGUAUACUUCCAAUCGAUCGUCGUGGGAAGCAUUCAAAAACUAAUUUGGACCCAGAAAUCGCGCAAUCCACUGUGAUGCCUGUACCAAUUGGAGAAAGCUCAGCCUUUUUCUACAAGUCCAAGUUAAACUGCUAUAAUUUCACGGUGACUGAUAUCAAAAACAAGACUACAAGAUGCUAUUUUUGGCACGAAUGUUUAGGAAAUCGAGGAGCAAUAGAAAUUGGAACCUGUGUUUUAGAAUUUUUUAAAAAUAUAGCUGAAUCUCAUCCCAACUGUGAUGUAGUAUUUUAUUCGGACAAUUGUUGCGGUCAGCAGAAAAACAGAUACAUGCUUGGGAUGUAUUACUAUGCUGUUUCGACACUAAAUAUUAACUCGAAAGAUGAGUAUGAAUUCAAAACUUCGUAUGAGGAAGAACAUUCGACUAAAGUUUCAAUUAACAUAAGAUCUAGAACUUGGCGCAAGUCACGAAGAGAUAAUGUCAGUGCUCGAGAUGUGGUUUUGAGACCUGCA